AUGACGUCGUCUGCUUCCACAGCCACUCCCACAAAGCAUGCCUUUGACAGGCGUGUCGAGGACGUCAAGUCACCCAAGAGUGACAUCAACGCCCUGAUUCUGGAUUACCUUACUAUGGAAGGGUAUCCUAACGCUGCGGCAAACUUUUCCAAAGAAGCAAAUCUCCAGCCUCACCAGGAUGGCGCCUCCAUCAUUGCGAGACAAGAGAUCCAGAAUUGCAUCCACGGCGGCAACAUUCAAACUGCCAUCGAGACUCUGAAUGACUUUGAUCCUGAGAUUCUCGAUGAAGACAAGGCUCUGCAUUUUGCCUUGCUUCGAUUACAAUUGGUCGAGCUCAUUCGCACUUGCAAUGCUUCGGGUGGUGAUAUUCAGCCGGCCUUGAAAUUUGCAACGGAGCAAUUGGGCCCCAGAGCACCCACAAACCCCAAGUUCCUGGAGGAUUUGGAGAGAACCAUGGCGCUCCUCCUGUUUCCCUCGGAAUCCUUGGAACCUCAGCUCGCCGACCUCUUGAAACCGGGUUUGCGCCGCGAAGUGGCCGACAACGUCAACCGGGCUAUCCUAGAGCGACAGUCGCAGAGGCGGGAAGCCGCUAUUCGUCAGCUCGUGAGGAUGCGAGUCUGGGCUGAAAACACUGCCCGUGACAAGCGAAAGAAUCUCCCCGAUCGUCUCGACAUCGGCUUGAACGGGGAAGAACCUGACAGCCCAAGCAGGCAAAUCCUGCACGGCGAGAAUGACCAUGAGCCCAUGAUUACGACAUGA